UUGCUUUCUUGAUUUGGAAGCGUAUUGGUUUACGAUUGGCAAAAGUACCAUUAGCAGCCAUGACUUCUCUGCUCCUCUCUCCGGCCGAGUGAGCUAGCCUUCCAGGCACUCAAAUAAAGUGUCCAUGAUGUGUCAUCUACAGCUGAAGACGCUGAUUUUUGGCGCUUGGCUGCUGGCUUACGUCACCUUUCUGCUAUCCAUCAGGAGAAUGUGGACCAUCAAGCACGCACGGCGCCCUCUGGCACGCGCACUGUUUGCUAACAUGUUGAACGAAGGCGAAGGGGCGGCAAUGGAGGCUCAUCAGUGGUACCACUGCAGUCCUGGUCUUCUCGGAGAGACGGUGCGCCCCCUCUUUGUUCAAAGCCACCUGGACUCGGGCACGGAGGCUUUCCUGAAGCAGAGCGUGGAGAAGUCCACCUGGUUGUUCACCCAACUCUACCAUUCCUUUAUGUCGACCGUUCUCACUCCUGUGGUGUCACGCACCUCCAUCAACGGCUUCCUAGGGCGAGGCUCCAUGUUUGUGUUUUCGGCUGAGCAGUUCCGGCGACUUCUCAACAUCGGCCCGGAAUGGAAAGCGCCAAGACUCCUGGACCUCGGCGCUGGAGAUGGCGCCGUCACGGAGAUGAUGCGAGGCCACUUCCAAGAGGUCUACGCCACUGAAAUCUCUCCCCCCAUGAAAUGGCAUCUACAAAGGAGGAAUUUCAAGCUGCUGGGCGUAGACGAGUGGCAUCGCAGCGGACUUCAGUUUGAUGUCAUCAGUUGUCUAAACCUGCUGGACCGCUGCGACAAUCCUCUCCAUCUCCUGCGGGACAUCCGGCGAUCGCUGGUUCCGCACACGGGACGCCUCAUCCUGGCUGCCGUGCUACCCUUCCAGGCUUGGGUGGAAGUCGGGGGAGCGUGGGAGCGUCCCAAAGAACACCUUGUCGUACAAGGGAAGACGUGGGAGGAGCAAGUCACCAUCCUGUCACGUGACAUUUUCCACAUGGCUGGUUUCGAGGUGGAGGCGCUGACGCGCUUGCCGUAUCUGUGCGAAGGGGACAUGUACGAGGACUACUAUGUUCUGGACGAUGCGGUGUUUGUUUUGAAGGCCUCAGACGCCACCGAAACGUCACCGCGGUGAGCGGCAAAGCAGCCAUAUUGCCAAAAUGAUGAUGAUGAAGAUGACCAUGAGAAUCGGGACAGACACAUCCUGUAUUUUUCUCCAAGAACCUCCAGGUUUUGCAUUCAAAACCAAAGCCACAGUUUGCACACCGCUGGUCUAGUUGAUGUACUGUACUUUUUUCAUGCUGUUGUGUCCCAACUGUACGAUUCCAUACGUUGUUAAAUGCCAUGAUGCAAAAUAACAAUAUAUUCCAUGUUUUGUUAUGACAAGAGCAUA